GAAAGAGGAGACGGCAACGCACUGUGGCGAGCAGCCGAUCUGUCAGCAGCGCAUUUAGUGUUGUUGUGCAGUACUGAGGAGCCACAGCUGUGAUUAUGAUUGAAUAUAAUGGAGAAAAAUGGACAAAUCACGAACUGAGAUUACUGACUACACCUACAGAGAUUUGGACUGGACGUAAAAAUGCCACAGGCGUUUGAUCCCACUGCAGAUAUCGGUGUUUUCUGGAUUUAACGCAGUAAAGUUACGGGGAUCUUUGUCAUCCCGGACUAAAGAAAGACAAGGGGGCCUGAAACUACACAGACGUCGGUUGAAGUUGAGCUACGGGCUGCGCUAGCUACGUUAGCAUUUAGCUUGGUGUGAACAGUCUUUCUUUAUUCAGUGGGAAGUAGGCUUGUAAAGGGCAACGUUAAAUGUGUAGCGUAACGCAUAACCAGUGACAGUGUGUUUUAAUAACUAUCGUGUCUGGUGAUGACUGCUUUGACAACGUUAGCAGCCGUGCUAAUAGCUAAGCUAGCUGGCUAGAUCUUCGGCAGGGCUAGCUUGUUGUUCCCCUGCUAACUUAGCUUCACUUAAAUGGGAACAAAAAGACAGACUCCAGUUUAGGUAGUUUGUUUGCUUACUAGAAAACCUAUCUCAGCAGUAAUAUCUGCUCAUAAAAUUUGCAAAAUGGCAUAUUAUAAUUACAAUUCCAGACAAUAAGCAUGUUUGUCUUCCCUGCAUAGACUUUUGCCACCAAGCCUACAAGAGUCCGGAUACAGCUUUAUGUACACUUUGAUUACAUGUGCUUUUACUUUAAAAUAUAUGUUAAUCUGUUACUAAAAUAAUGUCUUUUUGGCUCAAGAAGGAACUUUAGUGUCAGAUUGUGGUUAUUUAUAAACAGCCAGUUAUCAGUUUGAAAGACAGUACCAGUUGUUUACAUUACAUAAAGUUUUCUUCCCCCACCACCUAUGACCAAACUAUUAUUUUUGUCACCGUUACUUUUACCAAUAAGGAUGAUUCAAGCAGGUCAUUUCUGUUGACUGGCCCUUUUUUAGUCUGAAAAUUGCAAGACUGUUAACAGGCAAAACAAGGACUUUAAGCUCGUGGACCCCCAUUCAGUAAGUUAAUAGCAUAACAAGCCUUUGUUUUGGUUCAACUGAGUGGAAUAACACACAAGGGGGUUACCCAACCUUGUGUCCACGGGGGCAGUUUACAGUCACUCAACUUCAGCCCCUGGGCUCAGAUGUGAAUACGAUGGGCAGCCAGGGCAGCCCAGUGAAAAGUUACGACUACCUGCUCAAGUUCCUCCUGGUCGGAGACAGCGAUGUGGGAAAAGGAGAGAUCCUGGACAGUCUGCAGGAUGGAUCAGCCGAGUCCCCGUACGCUUACAGUAGUGGUAUUGACUAUAAAACCACCACCAUUCUUCUGGAUGGGAGGAGAGUGAAGCUGGAGCUUUGGGACACCUCUGGACAGGGGAGGUUCUGCACGAUCUUUCGCUCAUAUUCCCGCGGUGCACAGGGGAUCCUCCUGGUGUAUGACAUCACCAACCGGUGGUCUUUUGAUGGAAUCGACCGGUGGAUCAGAGAGAUUGAUGAGCAUGCUCCAGGCGUGCCUCGAAUCCUCGUUGGUAACCGGCUACAUCUGGCCUUCAAACGGCAAGUUCCUACCGAGCAGGCGAGGGCGUACGCCGAGAAGAACGGCAUGACUUUCUUCGAGGUGAGCCCUCUGUGCAACUUCAACGUUAUCGAGUCCUUCACAGAGCUGUCACGCAUCGUCCUGAUGAGGCACGGCAUGGAGAAGUUCUGGAAGCCCAACAGAGUGUUCAGCCUCCAGGACCUGUGCUGCAGAGCCAUCGUGUCGUGCACGCCGGUCCACCUCAUCGACAAGCUCCCGCUUCCCGUCGCCAUCAAGUCCCACCUCAAGUCCUUCUCUAUGGCCAACGGCAUGAACGCCGUCAUGAUGCACGGACGCUCGUAUUCGCUGGCCAACCCGGCCGGCGGCUCCAAGGGCAACAGCCUGAAGCGCUCCAAGUCCAUCCGUCCGCCGCAGAGCCCGCCGCAGAACUGCACCCGCAACAACUGUAAAAUCUCCUAACUCACGGCUUCCUCGGCAGAGGGGAGCGGGGUGGAGAGACAAGGAAUGAUCGACAGCAUGGUGAUCAGGAGUGUACAGGAUGUAGUUAGUUGGAGGAAAAGAGCACAUCCCUGGACCUGAAGAGCUGAAGAGCAGGAAUGACGGAUAAGGGGAUGAAGGAGUGCUACCUCUCACCUUCAUGUUAAAGACCAUGAAGUACUUUUCCAGGUGAAAGUGCGGCCAGGGGAGGGGGGGGGGGCUCCAAUGGUGCCUCAAGAUAUCAGAGGAGAACGACUGCAAGCAUCUUGGUCUGCACACAUCUGACUCUCACUACCACCAACUGCUCAAAUGAGAGAAAGGGAGUUUAAACUACAUGUACAGAAAUCCCUCUCCAACUCAAGCAAACAUAUUUAGUUCCUCUACACGAUGCACGCCUCAUUGUGUCUGUGCAUCACAGAAAUCACCUCAAGAUCAAUUCUUCACUUUUGUGUCUCACUUUUUCUUUUCUUUCUUCUGCCCGUCUGGUUAUAAUUUCAUCUGGUUUUAUUUGCUGUUGUUUUUAAUGACCAAUAAGCUAAUGAUCAAGACACUAGUAACCAGCCAGUCCUUUUAUUGAUCAUUGUUUGUUUGAACACUCAUUGUGCUUUGGAAGGUGAAAUAUUUUCUUUAUUAACACUCGCUGAAUUGAAUUCUUGGUGACAAGAUGAGUGAAGGUUCCCACCCGGUGUUGUCGUAGAAGUGGAGGUCUUCAGGCAAACCGGACUCCCCCCAAAAUCUCCUAAAAGGUCCAGACUUGCUGGUGUGCCUACAUUUUGUAGAGGUGUGUCAAUAUAAACACAUGCUGCAUUGUUUUUUUAAUGAGCCAGUUGCAACAAACUGGCUUAAAGCACAAAAA